GGUUUGGGCGGGGCGGGAGGCGGAGGUGCCGCGUAGGCCGAGGAGGCCGGGCCGCCCGGCCGGGAGCUCGAGCCCCAUGCGCGGCCGCCUCCCCCCACGAUGUUCCCCUCCCGGAGGAAGGCGGCGCAGCUGCCCUGGGAGGACGGCAGGUCCAGGCUGCUUCCCAGCAGCCUUCCCCGGAAAUGCUCCGUCUUCCACCUCUUCGUUGCCUGUCUCUUACUGGGCUUCCUCUCCCUGCUCUGGCUGCAGCUCAGCUGCUCCGGUGACAUGGCCUGGGCAGCCAGGGGACAAGGGCAGGAGACCCCAGGUCCACCCCGGGCCUGUCCCCCAGAGCCGCCCCCUGAGCACUGGGAAGAAGAUCCGUCAUGGGGCCCCCACCGCCUGGCAGUGCUGGUGCCCUUCCGAGAACGCUUUGAGGAGCUCCUGGUCUUUGUGCCCCACAUGCAUCGCUUCCUGAUCAGGAAGAAGAUCCCACACCACAUCUACGUGCUCAACCAGGUGGAUCAUUUCAGGUUCAACCGGGCGGCACUCAUCAAUGUGGGCUUCCUGGAGAGCAGCAACAGCACAGACUACAUCGCCAUGCACGACGUGGACCUGCUCCCUCUCAACGAGGAGCUGGACUAUGGCUUCCCUGAGGCAGGGCCCUUCCAUGUGGCCUCCCCAGAGCUCCACCCGCUCUACCACUACAAGACCUAUGUCGGCGGCAUCCUGCUGCUCUCCAAGCAGCACUACCAGCUGUGCAACGGGAUGUCCAACCGCUUCUGGGGCUGGGGCCGUGAGGACGAUGAAUUCUACCGGCGCAUCAAAGGAGCUGGGCUCCAGCUAUUCCGCCCCUCGGGAAUCACAACUGGAUACAAGACAUUUCGCCACCUGCAUGACCCAGCCUGGCGGAAGAGGGACCAGAAGCGCAUUGCAGCUCAAAAACAGGAACAAUUCAAGGUGGACCGGGAGGGAGGUCUGAACACUGUGAAGUACCGUGUGGAUGCUCGUACAGCCCUGUCUGUGGGUGGGGCCCCGUGCACUGUUCUCAACAUCAUGUUGGACUGUGACAAGGCUGCUACCCCCUGGUGCACACUUGGCUGAGUUGGCUGGACAGUAAGGAGGCUUGUACCUACAGGCCACACUGCUACUCAGGCCCUGGACAAAGCCUCAGGCCCUGGGCCCAGCGCCAAUAGGAUGUGGAGUAGUCUGAAGCAGUGGACAGCAGGCUGCGUAUUUGCAGCAGCCUGGCCCCCAGAGGGAGGCUUGAGCCAGGACAGGACACACAGGGUGCCUGGGAUGCUGCUAGCAAUAAACAGUGAUGGAGAGAGGCUGGGAUAUGGCUCCCAACUGGGACUCUCCGCCCUGCCUCUGCUUGCCCUGCUCUGCCCUCCUUUGCAUGCUGAGACCUGCGGGCUUUUGUUCCUUCCCCCAGGACCGCCUCAUGCAGAGAUACGGUUUGGAGGUCACGCUGCUGAUAUGAGUGGCUGGGCCAUUGGGAGGCUUAACGUGCAGAAACCAGAGAGCAAGCCCCACAGAAAGGGCACGACUGAGAGCAGCUCUAGCUGGUUGUCACCAUGUAGGAAUGUGGGCCUCUGUUGCCAGAUCUGAGUUUUUAAAAGAAAGUAGAAGUCUGGAUUCUUAAGUAAAAUUGGUUAAUUAUUAAAUGAUAGCAACUAAUUGAAACUUUUUAAAAGUAUGGCAAUCCAAACAAAAUGUGAUGUGAACCACCAGUUUGUCACCUAUGGCUGAGAGGAAGGGGCUAGGAGAAAAGAUGACAUCUCAUAAGCUGGCAAGGAGUUGGGUUAGGGCUGGAAUGGCAAGACCAGCGGAAGCUCAGGUGGGAGAGAAGCCAAAGGCACAAGGUUCCUGCUACCGCCCACAGCCCUCUAGGCUUUGUUGCCCUCGGGGCAGUGCGACCACCACCAGGCUCUAUGGGAAGGGGACUGCACCUGCCUCACUAAGAUGGACAGAUCCAGACUGGACUCAGGGCAGGCAGGAUGUGUCGGCAGUGGCUCAGUCAUGGCUUGAGGGAGUGAGGGCCGUGUUUCUGACGCUGAAGGAAGAAGAUGAGAAGUGGGAGAAUCCUUGGGGUGUUCCCACAGCACAAGCGAUCACCCAAUGCCAAGGAGAGGUGACGGAGGGGAGCUCAGGAGACUAUGGAAUUGGGGAGUGAUCUUGGAGGGGAGCCUGGGGCCAGUGAGAGAGUGGGAGGCCAAAGGCCCUGCAAAGUAGAUCACUUCUUUAAGUUGGCUGCCAACGAUUGGCGGCAGAAGUCCGAGGAGACGGGACAGUUAAGGCUGGUUUAACAAUAAGUAGGACAGCUGAAAUACUGGAGGAAGAGAUUGAGGUCCUAGAGUUCAGGAGGGUGGAUUCAAUAGCUCUGCUCCAAAAAGAUGCCUCCUCUGAGCUGCUGUGUGCAGUUGUGUGGGUUGUGCACUGUACAACCUAAGCAUAAGCAAAGAGACUUGAGCAAAGAUGAGCAGAGUGAAGCUUCGGGCUCCAUGUCACUGUUCAGGUGUAUAAUAGAGGGUCAUUGUGAUCCUAAAUUGGUCUUACCCAGUGACUUAGCUCCACAGUGAGGGGCAAACAGGCUGCAAUUACAGUGCAAGGGUGGUGGGCAGGACUUGCUCAAUUUGGAGUCCAGGAGAGGGGAAUGGCGUGCUUUCUGUAUGCCAGUCUCCCAGGCAACCCUGGCUAAAUCAUCUUGGACUUAAGUAACGUGGAGGCAAAACUCCAGCCUCUUGGAGCUGGUGGGAAUGGAUGUGAUAUCAUAGCCCUCAGAUCUGUACUCAUCUGGCACAUAGCAAGACCUCACAAAAUGUGGGUGUUCCUUUAUACCUGCACCAAGGAUGUGGAAUGAGCAGAAGAAAAGCAGGAUCAGCUGACUGAGCCUGGGCUGGGGCACAACUCCGACCUGGGGCCCCACACCCCGCUGUGGCUGCUGCUGCCACCUCCAGGAGAGUGGGAGAGGGCUGAGCAGUGGUUUGCAGGGGGAAGAGGCAGGUAGCUCUGCUGCUUCCUCAGUGUCUUUGUUGCUUCCUCUGUGGAGUGGAGCUAACAUCCCUGUCUCGCUGACCCAGGUGUGGAUGAAAUAAAUCCAGGAUGAACUAGCACCUGCUGAGCAUUCACCGCAUACAACAUGCUAGGUCUUAUUGAUUAAUCGGUUGUGUAGCUGAGGAUGGUGAAGCACAGAGAGCUAAGUAGCUUGCCCAAGGUAAAAGAGUUGGUACCUAGUGGAACUUGGCCUUAGAGCCAGAUUCCUUCACUCCUGGCCUGCACAGCAGGUCCCAUGCACAGAUGUUCCUUAUCCUCCAGACUGUUCCUCCUCACGUUAGCUGGAGAGGGCCCAUGGGGAGGGCUGGCCAUCAUGGUUUGAUGUUCCUUCCACCGCUGGGAUGAAACCAGAGCCAUGGGUGAGAUACAGAGUGUCUGCCCCAUGCUUCCUCUGCUGGAUUAAGAUGGGGAUUUGGCUGCUGGAUAGGUCCCUUGGAGCAUCAGUGGGACCAAGAGCAUGGCACUGUGCCUGGGGAAUGUACAAGGUGCUUGGGGAAGGUCUCUUCAGAAGACGUGGGCUUGCUGGUGGAGUCAGUUUGCUGUCAGGAUGGGAAGAGUUCUGGAGGGAUCAACAUGUGCAAGGUAGAGAGAUGAAGAGAGCAUGUUAUGUUCAGGGACCUGCAAGGAGCUCUGGGUGUCCCUGUUUGCCAAUAUAGUGCAGGAGUGCGUGUGUGGGGACAGAGGGAAGGUUGGGAUGAGCCAUGAGGAUCUGUGUAUGCCACAUUGAGCAACCUUUACUGUAUUCUCUGGGUUCAGUGUUUUCAAGCACGGGGAAAUUUUUGAGCAGGGAGAGACCUUUCUGAACCCACAACUUUAGUGUAUUGGGACAACACUCUAUCCUGCCAGGGCACCACUGUCAAUUUCUUAGUUUUGACCAAUGCACUAUGGUUAGAUAAGAUAUUAACCAUAGGGGAAGCCGGGUAAAGGCGAUACAGGAAUUUUCUAUAAUAUCUCCAUAAUUUUUCUGUAGAUCUCAAAUAUUCCCAAAGGAAAAACAAUUUUUUAAGUUAUGUAUGAGCAGCAUAACAACUGCUCAGUAAAGGAUAGAAUCUUGCCCUUCCCUUCAGGCUGGCAGUUGAGAAUUUCCUCUGCUGCUGCAUCUGUGUGAGCUAUGCCCCCUCACCCACAAGUGAGGUUGAGUUGAGGACUCCCCAGGCUGUGAUAUUGGACUAGAAAUAAGUAAUGGAAACGGUAACUAUUGGUUGUCUGAUAGUGCAGCACUGGGUAUUUCCUUCCCAUAGGAAGGGAUGUAGAUGUUUUUCCUUAAUGACUACCCCCAGUGUCCCCUUGUCCGCUCCUUCAUAGAGGCCUUCCUGACUACCCAUUCUUAAGAGUUCACACACAAACUCACAUACAUCAUCCCUUUUUAUUGCUCUCACAGAUAUCAUCAUCAACUGAAAUCUUAUUUAUUUUCUCUCCCCUGUUCCUUCAUCUCACUAGAACAUUGGUCCCCGAGCUCAGGACCCGUGAGUCUUGUUCAUUGCUUUGUCCUCAGUACCUAGCACAGGGCCUGCUGCCUCAUAGGCACUCAGUUUUAAUGGAUUUGAAUUGAAAUCCCCAGGUGGCAGGUUGCAGCCCACAGCACCAGCUGCUGUUGCCCAGGCCUUCUCUGCCCUAAGGCUGAUGUUUUGCUCUCCUGUCUUGUCUUGAAGACCUGGGGCCACCUUUUCCCCACACCUGACUUAUCUUCUUUGUUCACUUGCCCUUUCCAUCUUGUUUACCUGUCUGCCCGCAGCUGCUGCACUACCUGCCAGCUUUAAUUCUGCUUCAUUUAAGCUCAUUUGCACCAAUUUCCUUUUUUAGAACAAUCCACGCAGUCCCCUGAAGAGCAGCACAUGCUGUGGGCGGCCCUGCUUCCCUUUUCCUAACGAGCACAGAGCAGCAGUUUCCUUCCCUCUGAGAACUCACCGAAAGCCCUUUGCCAGGACAGUAGGAGGCCUAGACUCAGAUGCUCAUUUCCUAGUGGGCAUGAAGUCGGGCACACGCUGUGGAAAUUCUGAAUUUUAAGGGCUGGGAAGUCCAAAGUGCUUUGGGGGCUGACCUGCUUCCUGAGGUGACUGUUCCUCCCUCACAGCUAUAGGACCACCCCACGUCCUCAUCACUGGGGCUUUAGGCCUCACGGUCCUGGGGGCUACAACUCAGGAGAGGGGUCUGUUCUGCUCCCGAGAAAUAGGAGUGAGAAAGAGGUUUAGGAGUGGUGGCCCCACCCCAGUGAAUGUUCUCUUACCCUUAGAGCUGGCAACACCAGAGGCUGCAGAAUUGCCCUUUCUGUGCAGUGGCCUAGAAUCUCAGCCCAGAGUGGGAAAACACAGACCUCCUACCACAUUGUCACACCCACCUCUCACUUUCUGCUGCUGCAGAAGACUCAGCACAUAAUGAAAUCAUGUUGCUUUUCAUAGAAAUGAAGCCAAGGCAGGAAUGUGGCGGGCAGAGACUGAAGGGCCAAUGAGACUUAUCUGGAAGAAGAGAAGUUCCUGGGGUUGGAUCAGCCAGGGUAGGGAACUGGAACUUUGGCCUCAGCCGGAGGAGGUAGUAAUCCCACCUCCACCACCAAUUCACUGCGACCUCAGGCAAGCCACUGAACCUCUCUGAGCCUCAGUUUCCACAUCUCUAAUGUAGAACUUUUCAUACCUGCCUACCUUGCAUGGUUGCUGAGAAUAAAUGAGGUAAUGUACGUAUCUGGUAGUGUAUGGUAUCUGACACAUAGGGAGUACCCAAUAAGUAAAAGCUUUUAUUACCAUUUACAGGCUUUAAAACAGUGAGUGAGGCCAUCUUCAUUGUGUUUCAGAGAGUCACAUUGCCUCAUUACCUUAACCAUUCCCUCCUAAAAGUGCCCUGGGGCUUGCUGAGGACUUGGAGGGCCUCUCAGAAAGACAGGCAUUCCCACAUCCACACACGAAGGACUUGGCCUCAGACCUUGAAUUCACUGACUUAGAAUUAAUUGCUAUUAGCCAGAUUGUGCUCCCUAUAAUGUUGGAGUGGUUUUAGAUUUUUAAAAAGCACAAAAAGCUCUAGCUGGUUUGGCCCAGUGGAUAGAGCGUCAGCCUGCGGCCUGAAGGGUCCCCAGUUCCAUUCUGGUCAAGGGCACAUGCCUGGGUACGGGCUUGAUCCCCAGUAGGGGGCAUGCAGGAGGCAGCCAAUCAAUUAUCUCUCUCAUCAUUGAUGUCUCUAUCUCUCCCUCUCCCUUCCUCUCUGAAAUGAAAAAAAAUAUAUAUAUAUAUAUUUAAAAAACACACAAAACAAUCCACCUACAACAACAGAGAAAGAAAUGCUUGAUUUCUGGGCUCUGUAGUGGCACUGGAUACUUCCAGAGAACUGGCGCUGUGUUCCAACACUUAAAUGUUCCAGGUUCUGUUUCCUCCUAUACACUGAGUGGCCAGAUUAUUAUGACCUCCCCAUCAGUACUUCGUUGGGCCACCUUUUGCCUUCAAUACUGCGGCGAUUCUUCUUAGCAUUGACUCCACGAGAUGUUGGAAGGUGAUGUGAGGACUCUGACACCAUGCCUGAUGAAUAGCACUGUCCAGUUCUGUGAGAUUUGAUGGUUGUGGAACCAGCUGCCUGAUGGCUCUUUUAACUUCGUCCCACAAAUGCUCAAUUGGAUUGAGAUCUGGUGAUUGUGGGGGCCACCUAAGCAAGGUAAAGUCUCCCUCGUGUUCUUGAAACCACUCCUGCACAAUACGAGCACCGUGGCAUGGUGCAUUGUCUUGUUGGAAGAAGCCAUCUCCAUUGGGAUACGCCAUCAACAUGAUAGGAUGAACGUGAUCAGCAACGAUACUUAGGUAUGUUGUGCUAUUCACACCUUGUUCCUCACGAAUUAAAGGGCCCAAAUCAUGCCAGGAAAACAUGCUCCAAACCAUAUUUUACUCAUGCAUGUGGGGUGCAUGCUUUCAUGCUGUUUCCACAAAAUUCUCACUCUGCCAUCUGCAUGAUGCAACUGGAAAUGUGAUUCAUCGGACCACAUGACUUUUUUCCAAUGCUCGACUGUCCAAUCCUUGUGUUCCUGUGUGAAUUGGAGACGUUUUAUCUUAGUAACUGCAGUCAGCAAAGGUGUUUGAACAGGCCUUCGGCUUCCAUAUCCCAUACGAUGCAGUGUACGGCUAAUUUGCCUACAAACGUCAGGUGGUCAUAAUAAUCUGGUCCCUUUCUUUCUGCUGCUUCCUGCUGGCAAAGGAAAGUUGAUGACAAGACUUGGGCAAAACCAAAAUGUAGUUUUAAAUUAAAUAAUACAUUAAGAAAAUGAGCUAUGUCUAAGGAGAACAAAUUCAAGUACGAUCUGGGAUCUACAGGUUCUCCAGCCAGUGGUUCUCAACCCUGGCUACUCACUGGAAUCCCCUGUGGAGCAUUAGAAGCAAUAGCCCAGCCCUAACCGGUUUAGCUCAGUGGAUAGAGCAUCGGCCUGCGGACUAAAGGGUCCCAGGUUCGAUUCCGGUCAAGGGCAUGUACCUUGGUUGCAGGCACAUACCCAGUAGGGGAUGUGCAAGAGGCAGCUGAUCGAUGUUUCUCUCUCAUCGAUGUUUCUAACUCUCUAUCCCUCUCCCUUCCUCUCUGUAAAAAAUCAAUAAAAUAUAUAUUUUUUUAAAAGAAAAAAGAAGCAAUAGCCCAGCUGGGGUGGCUCAAUGGUAUUAACCAGGAGAUCAAAGUUUGAUUCCCAGGUUGCAGGCUCGGUUCCCAGUGUGGGGUGUGCAGGCGGCAGCUGAUUGACGAUCCUCUCUCAUCAUUGAUGUUUCUGUCUCUUCCUCUCUGAAAUAAAUAAAAAUAUAUUUUUUAAAAAUUCA